GUGGUGGAUGUCGACCUUCCCACCGCUGCUGCUGCUGCUCGCAUCAACACCAGCCCCGCCGCAGCCCCAACCACCAGCCCAUCGGCCUCAUCCACUGCAGCUCCACCCUUAGCAGCAGCCACAGCAGCAGCAGCACCAGGUGCAGCGGCGGCAUCGUCGCCGGUGCGGCUGGACUUCCUGUCGCGCGCGCGCAGCGUGUUCAUGAGCGCCGUGCUCUCCGACCCCGACGCCCAUGCCCUGCGCCAGGAAGCCAGCCGCGUGCUGGGGGGGGGCGACAUCAAGAUAGUGAAGCGGCGCGACCUGGCGGAGGCGGGGGGGCGGGUGGGCGAGGAGAAGCAGUUCUGCGCGCUCAAGCACAGCGAGUGGCUGCGCUGCCUCCGAGAGGAGCUCAUGCUGCUGCGGCCUCUCUGCCCCUCAUCCUCCAAUUCCCAUGUCCACUCGCAUCAUCCCCUGCGCCUCUCCCCCUUCCCUCCGCCCCCCCCCCCCAGAUCAAGCGCCAGAACAGCAUGCUGGACCACACGCCCUCCCACCGCCCCUCUUGCCGCAACUCCCAUGUCCACCCCGCCCCACCCCCUCUCCCCCUCCCCUCUCCUCUCCCCCCCCCCCCUCCAUCAGAUCGAGCGCCAGAACAGCAUCCUGGACUACACGCCCUCCCACCGCCCCUCCCCCGCGUCCCCCUCCCUGCGCCUCGCGGACUUCCCUUCCCCUUCCCCUCCGCCGCUCGCCUCCCACUCCUUCCACGCCCACACCAGCAGCCCCAGCAGCAACGGUGCCACUGCCUGGCUGGCAGGGGGCCGGCCGUGGGAGCAGCAGCAGCAAGGGAUGGCGGGCGAGGGGGCGAUGGGGGCGCGCAUGAGGGCAAUGGGUGCUGCUGAUGGCAUGAGGGCAAUGGGUGCUGCUGAUGGCAUGAGGGCAAUGGGUGCUGCUGAUGGCAUGAGGGCCAUGGGUGCUGCUGAUGGCAUGAGGGCAAUGGGUGCUGCUGAUGGCAUGAGGGCAAUGGGUGCUGCUGAUGGCAUGAGGGCAAUGGGUGCUGCUGAUGGCAUCUUCCCUGCGCUGCCUGCCUCUGCCUCCCCGUGGUCACCAGUAGCAGCAGCAGCAGGUGGAGGGGCUGGAGGGGCGGCGAGUUGCAGUCCUGUGCAGCGCAGCAUGAGCAUGGCGCCCACCAGGGCGCUGCAGCAAGGUACUCACGUGGGUGGGUGGCACACAGCAGGUGGCACACAGCAGGUGGCACACAGCAGGUGGCACACAGCAGGUGGCACACAGCAGGUGGCACACCGCAGGCGGGCAAGCGUGCCCGGUGGUGCAGCAGCACACGCGGCACAGCAGCCUGGCUCUCAGGGGCGGCGAUGGCGACUCCCUGCCCGCCCUGCUCGCCCACUGGCCCUCCCACCCCCACCCCCACCGCCACCGCCACCGCCGCAGCACCACCAUUGCAACAAGGGGGGAGGAAAAAUGUGGAAGAUCAACAAUGGUGGAGGAAAAAUGUGGAAGAUCAACAAUGGUGGAGGAAAAAUGUGGAAGAUCAACAAUGGUGGAGGAAAAAUGUGGAAGAUCAACAAUGGUGGAGGAAAAAUGUGGAAGAUCAACAAUGGUGGAGGAAAAAUGUGGAAGAUCAACAAUGGUGGAGGAAAAAUGUGGAAGAUCAACAAUGGUGGAGGAAAAAUGUGGAAUAUCAACAAUGGUGGAGGAAAAAUGUGGAAGAUCAACAAUGGUGGAGGAAAAAUGUGGAAGAUCAACAAUGGUGGAGGAAAAAUGUGGAAGAUCAACAAUGGUGGAGGAAAAAUGUGGAAGAUCAACAAUGGUGGAGGAAAAAUGUGGAAGAUCAACAAUGGUGGAGGAAAAAUGUGGAAGAUCAACAAUGGUGGAGGAAAAAUGUGGAAGAUCAACAAUGGUGGAGGAAAAAUGUGGAAGAUCAACAAUGGUGGAGGAAAAAUGUGGAAGAUCAACAAGGGGGGAGGAAAAAUGUGGAAGAUCAACAAUGGUGGAGGAAAAAUGUGGAAGAUCAACAAUGGUGGAGGAAAAAUGUGGAAGAUCAACAAUGGUGGAGGAAAAAUGUGGAAGAUCAACAAUGGUGGAGGAAAAAUGUGGAAGAUCAACAAUGGUGGAGGAAAAAUGUGGAAGAUCAACAAGGGGGGAGGAAAAAUGUGGAAGAUCAACAAUGGUGGAGGAAAAAUGUGGAAGAUCAACAAUGGUGGAGGAAAAAUGUGGAAGAUCAACAAUGGUGGAGGAAAAAUGUGGAAGAUCAACAAUGGUGGAGGAAAAAUGUGGAAGAUCAACAAUGGUGGAGGAAAAAUGUGGAAGAUCAACAAUGGUGGAGGAAAAAUGUGGAAGAUCAACAAUGGAAAAAUGUGGAAGAUCAACAAUGGUGGAGGAAAAAUGUGGAAGAUCAACAAUGGUGGAGGAAAAAUGUGGAAGAUCAACAAUGGUGGAGGAAAAAUGUGGAAGAUCAACAAUGGUGGAGGAAAAAUGUGGAAGAUCAACAAUGGUGGAGGAAAAAUGUGGAAGAUCAACAAGGGGGGAGGAAAAAUGUGGAAGAUCAACAAUGGUGGAGGAAAAAUGUGGAAGAUCAACAAUGGUGGAGGAAAAAUGUGGAAGAUCAACAAUGGUGGAGGAAAAAUGUGGAAGAUCAACAAUGGUGGAGGAAAAAUGUGGAAGAUCAACAAUGGUGGAGGAAAAAUGUGGAAGAUCAACAAUGGUGGAGGAAAAAUGUGGAAGAUCAACAAUGGUGGAGGAAAAAUGUGGAAGAUCAACAAUGGUGGAGGAAAAAUGUGGAAGAUCAACAAUGGUGGAGGAAAAAUGUGGAAGAUCAACAAUGGUGGAGGAAAAAUGUGGAAGAUCAACAAUGGUGGAGGAAAAAUGUGGAAGAUCAACAAUGGUGGAGGAAAAAUGUGGAAGAUCAACAAUGGUGGAGGAAAAAUGUGGAAGAUCAACAAUGGUGGAGGAAAAAUGUGGAAGAUCAACAAGGGGGGAGGAAAAAUGUGGAAGAUCAACAAUGGUGGAGGAAAAAUGUGGAAGAUCAACAAUGGUGGAGGAAAAAUGUGGAAGAUCAACAAUGGUGGAGGAAAAAUGUGGAAGAUCAACAAUGGUGGAGGAAAAAUGUGGAAGAUCAACAAUGGUGGAGGAAAAAUGUGGAAGAUCAACAAUGGUGGAGGAAAAAUGUGGAAGAUCAACAAUGGUGGAGGAAAAAUGUGGAAGAUCAACAAUGGUGGAGGAAAAAUGUGGAAGAUCAACAAUGGUGGAGGAAAAAUGUGGAAGAUCAACAAUGGUGGAGGAAAAAUGUGGAAGAUCAACAAGGGGGGAGGAAAAAUGUGGAAGAUCAACAAUGGUGGAGGAAAAAUGUGGAAGAUCAACAAUGGUGGAGGAAAAAUGUGGAAGAUCAACAAUGGUGGAGGAAAAAUGUGGAAGAUCAACAAUGGUGGAGGAAAAAUGUGGAAGAUCAACAAUGGUGGAGGAAAAAUGUGGAAGAUCAACAAUGGUGGAGGAAAAAUGUGGAAGAUCAACAAUGGUGGAGGAAAAAUGUGGAAGAUCAACAAUGGUGGAGGAAAAAUGUGGAAGAUCAACAAUGGUGGAGGAAAAAUGUGGAAGAUCAACAAUGGUGGAGGAAAAAUGUGGAAGAUCAACAAUGGUGGAGGAAAAAUGUGGAAGAUCAACAAUGGUGGAGGAAAAAUGUGGAAGAUCAACAAUGGUGGAGGAAAAAUGUGGAAGAUCAACAAUGGUGGAGGAAAAAUGUGGAAGAUCAACAAUGGUGGAGGAAAAAUGUGGAAGAUCAACAAGGGGGGAGGAAAAAUGUGGAAGAUCAACAAUGGUGGAGGAAAAAUGUGGAAGAUCAACAAUGGUGGAGGAAAAAUGUGGAAGAUCAACAAUGGUGGAGGAAAAAUGUGGAAGAUCAACAAUGGUGGAGGAAAAAUGUGGAAGAUCAACAAUGGUGGAGGAAAAAUGUGGAAGAUCAACAAUGGUGGAGGAAAAAUGUGGAAGAUCAACAAUGGUGGAGGAAAAAUGUGGAAGAUCAACAAUGGUGGAGGAAAAAUGUGGAAGAUCAACAAUGGUGGAGGAAAAAUUAGGAAGAUCAACAAGGGGUCCCUGACCGAUUUGGACCAUGAAGCGGGCGGCAGCGGGCGGCAAGCAGCGAUGGUGGCGGCAGAGGCGGCAGCAACGGGUGGGCAGCGCAUGGUGCGCAUGUGGGAGCGCUUGAAACGCAUCAUGCCGCCGCCCAGAGGUUCCGACCUUGAGUGUGAUUCAGCUGCCAGCGGGGAUGACGCUGGUGGAGGCGCUGCUGGCGGGCCGUGUGCCGCGCAACCAGAGGGGCGCCGCCUGGGUCGCCAUCGCCACCGCCCACCCUCAUGUCAGUCACUGCCCACCCUCAUGUCAGUCACUGCUGCCGCUGCCGCCACCGCCGCCGCCGCCGCCGCCGCCGCCGCCGCCGCUGCUGCUGCUGCUGCCCCGCCUGCUGCUGGGAUGUCAGACGCCCUGGCGGAUGGCAGCAGCUACGCCUCUCUGCUCAUGCAGCCCUCCGCCUCCGCCAAGGAAAUAGAGCGGGAUGUGAACCGCACCUUCCCCAACCACCGCCUCUUCCAGGAGGAGAGGGGCGCCGGCCAGCAGUCGCUCUUCAACGUCAUCAAGGCCUACUCCGUGUUGGACAAGGAGGUCGGCUACUGCCAGGGCAUGGGGUUCAUAGCGGCGACGCUGCUGAUGAGCAUGGGGGAGGAGCACGCCUUCACGUGCCUCGUCUUCCUCAUGUACCGCUGCGGCCUGCGAGGCGUCUUCCUGCCCGACAUGCAGCAGCUGCAAGUGCGCAUGUAUCAGCUCACGCAGCUGCUCAUCCACACGCUGCCACGCGUGCAUGCCUUCUUCGAACACCUCGACAUCAAACCCGUGAUGUAUGCGGCGGACUGGUUCCUCACUCUCUUCGCGCGCACCAUGCCUCACUACCUCGUCUUCCGCGUCUUCGACAUCAUCCUCGCGGAGCAGACCACGGCCAUUGUCUUCAAGCUCGCCAUCGUUCUCCUGCAGGUGUGCAGGCGGCAGCUGCAGCAGUGCCCGGAGAUGGAGUACGCCAUGUGCCUGCUGCGCACCGAGCUGCCCGCGCAGCUCAAGGAGGUGAGCGAGGAGGAGAUGGAGGAGCUGGUGUGCAAGGCCAUGCGGGUGGACUUGCCCUUUGAGAGCCUGCUGCGACUCGAAGCAGAGUACGAUCUGCUGGCGGGGGAGGCAGCAGCGGCGGCGAGGGACGUGCAGGCAGCGGCAGAGGCGAGUGAGGCGGCGGCCCUCUCGUGGGGCGCCAACCGGCAGCAGCUGGAGGCCCGACUCUGCCAUGCCACGCUCGUGCGUGCUGUGCUGCCAGGAGAGGGGGGAAAGGGAGGGGAGGGGGGAGGGAGGUUGGGGGAGACGGAGAGUGCUAUUGCAGCACUGAAGCAGGGCGAGCGCCUGGCAGCGCACAUCACAGCCGCCCUCGCCCUCUCUGAUUCUGCCCGUCACUCUUCCUCCUACCCUUCCCCGUGCUCACCACCACCGCCUGCCGAUACGAAGCCCCACACUUGUUCAUCCACCGUAAGCACCCACGCGUCUGCCUCUCAUGCGUCUGCCUGUGCUUUGCAUGCUGCCCUGCACAUGGGUAAUGGUGUGGGCGGACCCCCAGAGAGCAGUCAUGAGCCCCGGGUCACAAGGGACAGCAGUGGAGGGGGAAUGCGGAGUGGCCGGGCUGGAGGGGGCGGCUGUUUGCUGGUGAAUGGCAGUGGGGUGGGGGGGCUUGAAGGUUCACGACCUGAGUGCUUGAAUGGUGCUUCGUGCACCGAGGAGGGACGGCGGCCCUUGGAGGGCGGAGAGGGAGAGGAGAGGGUGUGUGAGGGGCAGGGAGUGUGUGAGGAGGAGGGAGUGUGUGAGGAGGAGGGAGCAUGUGAGGAGGGCCUACCAUUGGAGGAGAGAGUGCAGCUGUGGGAGGAGCGGGUGGCAGUGGUGGGAGGAGGGAGCAGCACGGUGGAGGUGCUGAGAGCAGUGAGAGCGGCGCACCACCAGUGGGUGCAGCUGGGGCUGGCGCUGGCACUGGCAGAGCGCGAGGUGGCGUGCCGCCUCGACAUGGGCGCGCCGCCGCCGCCCACUGACUCUUCUUUUGAGUGGAGUCAAAAGCGCCUCCUGGACAUGGGCGUGCCAGUCAGUGACUCUUCAGCCACGCUGGGGGCUCUCAUGGGAGGAGGGGUGCAUGAGCUGGUGGUUGUGGAGGAGGCGGGGGGCUGUGUGGGGGAGAAUGGAGCACAUGGGCGUGGCAGCAUGCGACAGUACGAUGCAGUGAAGAGAUUAUGA